AUUUUUGUCGUCCUGGUUUUUUGCAAUAUUUGUUUACAUUUUUUUGUUGAGGUGUUCACAACUGUUCACUUAUUUACCUGUUCACCAACCAAACUCAUCUCUUCACGCUUUUUUUAAAUCAACCGCAUAUCUACAAUAAACAACAUGACUUCUGAUAACCGUACUCUUCGCCCAGUAACUAUCUGGUUAACUGGUAUAUCUGGAAGUGGUAAAACGACAAUUGCUAAUGGUGUAGUUGCUAAACUUAGAUCUUUAGGUUAUAAUGCAGUUAAUCUUGAUGGUGACAAAUUACGAGCUGGUUUGAAUAGUGAUUUGGGCUUUAGUUCAAAGGAUAGAAAAGAAAAUUUACGACGAACUGCAGAGGUAGCUACCAUGUUCGCUGGAUCAAAUCUUUUACCGGUUGUCAGUUUGAUUAGUCCAUUCAAAGAGGAUCGAGCUUUAGCUAGAUCGAUUCAUCAUAAGAAACAAAUUGAUUUUCUCGAAUGUUUCAUCAAUACACCCGUAGAAGAGUGUGAAAGAAGGGACCCAAAAGGAUUGUACAAAAAGUUUAGAUCUGGAGUAAUUAAAAAUUUCACUGGUAUUGAUGCACCUUAUGAGAUACCUGAAAAUCCUGAUUUAGUUUUAAGUACAAUGGAUUUAAACAUCGAAGAAUCUAUUGAGAAUGUUAUACGUUUACUUGAAGAUAAACAAUGUAUUCAAAAACGAAUUAUUGAACUUUUCACUUCAUCUGAUCUACUGCCUGGUAUCAUGGAACGACUUAAUGACGAUAGUGCAAUUGCUCGCUUAAACAUUUCCCGGAUAGACCUUGAAUGGGUCCAAGUAUUAAGUGAAGGAUGGGCUACUCCUUUAACCGGAUUCAUGAGGGAAGUUGAAUAUCUCGAGUGCAUCCAUAAAGGAACUAUCAGAGGUGGUCUUGUUAAUCAUACGAUUCCUAUCGUACUUUCUGUUUGUUCUGUUUCUGAUGCUGAUAAACAAAGAUUGGAAAAUAAAAAGGAAAUUGGUCUCUGGUAUGAAAAUAAAUGUUUUGCUGAAUUUUUCAUCCAUCGGAAGGAAGAACGUUGUGCAAAAAUUUUCGGAACAACUAAUAUAGGCCAUCCAACCAUUAAAAUGAUCUAUGAAAGCGGCGAUUAUUUAGUUGGAGGAGAUUUAUCUGUUCUUCAAAAGAUAACAUGGGAAGAUGGACUUGAUCAAUAUAGACUUACACCGGCUGAGCUUCGUACGAAAUUCAAAAGAAUGGGAGCUGAUGCCAUUUAUGCAUUCCAAUUACGAAAUCCAAUUCAUAAUGGUCAUGCACUUUUGAUGCAAGAAACCAAGAAACAAUUAUUGGACAAGAAUUGCAAGAAUCCAGUUCUUUUAUUGCAUCCUCUUGGUGGUUGGACCAAAGAAGAUGAUGUGCCUUUAAAAGUGAGAAUUGAACAACAUAAAGCCGUCUUAGAAGCAAAAGUUUUAGAUCCAGAAUCAACUGUUCUAGCCAUUUUCCCAUCGCCAAUGAGUUACGCCGGACCCGUUGAAGUGCAAUGGCAUUGUAAAGCUCGUUUAGUCACUGGUGCCAAUUAUUACAUAGUUGGUCGAGAUCCAGCCGGAAUUCAACACCCUAAUGGUAGUGAUGACCUUUAUGAUCCUUCACAUGGAGCCAAAUUGUUACAAAUUGCAAGGGGUUUAAGUCAAUUUGAAGUGAUACCUUUUAAAGUAGCUGCCUAUAACCUUGUAAAAGGUUGCAUGGAAUUUUAUGACCCCAAUGAGAAGGACAAAUUCCUCUUUAUUUCGGGUACAAGGAUGAGAGCUUUAGCUAGAAAUGGACAAACACCACCCGACGGGUUUAUGGCUCCUAAGGCUUGGAGCGUUUUAAGAGAUUUUUAUCAAUCCCAACCUUAAUCAAUUUAUAUCCCAAUUUGAUGGCGGUAACUUUUUAGAAAUUCAAUGGACUAAUCAAGUGAUUUCAAAUUCAGCCCUGCAAACUUUGCAGCGCAAAGCCUUAGUAAUUAUUAAUAUAUUGAUCUAAAAACAUUUUUCCAAACAUUAAUCUAUUCAAUGAAAAAACCUUACGGUUCAUCUAAAAUUGAAUAAUGGUUAUGUUAUCGCAAUAUUUUGUUAAUCUGGUUAAUCGUGGUGAUGAUCCAAUUGGUGUCGGAAGCUGUUUUUGAGUUGAGCUAUUUUUCAGAUGAUUAAUGAUAUUGUUAAUAUAAACAAAAAAUUUUAAAAAUGCAUCCUGACUUCAUCUCUAUCAUCCUCAUUAUAGCUAUCAUAAUCACUCCUCGACAUUAUACUAUUACUGCCACAAUUAUAUCAAAAAAAGAUUGUUGAAAACCAUCAAAUCGAUUCAAAAUCAUUCCGCCCUUUUAUUGGCUAAAUAAUUGCGCUCAAACUUUUCAAGCUACAUUCAACUUGACAAAUACAAUGUUGAACAAAAAUUGGUUGCUUCGUUCAUUCUGAUACACUUUCAUCAUCGAUGAUAACCUUAAAACAAAUUGUACACCAAAACGCUAACGACGUCCAAAUUUGGCUAAUCAAAAGUAUUUUCACCAAAAUUUAAAUUAUAUUUCACAUUCGCAUUAUUGUGAUGUUUGUAAUCUGUCUCUAUUUCACAUUUUUUCACUUAAAAUAAACCCUUUUGGAUGGGCUGACGAAGGGAUUUUAAGUUUAGUCAAUCAAAGCCUUAGUUAUUAUUGACACUUUACAAACAUAUAUCAGUUUAUACAUAUUACAAAGUUAUUAAAGUUGCACCAAAAAAAUUAUUAAAUAUUAA